AUGGAGGUAAAACCGCUGCCCGGUCGCCCCCAGCCCGACUCCGGCCGUCGCCGCCGCCGGUGGGGGGGGCGGCAUGAUCCAAAGGAACCAGAGCAGUUGAGAAAACUGUUUAUUGGUGGUUUGUGCUUUGAAACUACAGAUGAUAGUUUAAGAGAACAUUUUGAAAAAUGGGGUACACUUACAGAUUGUGUGGUGAUGAGAGACCCCCAAACAAAACGUUCCAGGGGUUUUGGUUUUGUGACUUACUCUUGUGUUGAAGAGGUGGAUGCAGCAAUGUGUGCCCGACCACACAAGGUUGAUGGGCGUGUAGUGGAACCAAAGAGAGCUGUUUCUAGAGAGGAUUCUGUAAGGCCUGGUGUCCAUCUAACAGUGAAGAAAAUUUUUGUUGGUAGUAUUAAAGAAGAUACAGAAGAGUAUAAUUUGAGAGACUACUUUGAAAAGUAUGGCAAGAUUGAAACCAUAGAAGUUAUGGAAGACAGGCAGAGUGGAAAAAAGAGAGGAUUUGCUUUUGUAACUUUUGAUGAUCAUGAUACAGUUGAUAAAAUUGUUGUUCAGAAAUAUCACACUAUUAAUGGGCAUAAUUGUGAAGUGAAAAAGGCCCUUUCUAAACAAGAAAUGCAGUCUGCUGGAUCACAAAGAGGUCAUGGAGGUGGAUCUGGCAAUUUCAUGGGUCGUGGAGGGAACUUUGGAGGUGGUGGUAACUUUGGCUGUGGUGGAAACUUUGGUGGAAGAGGAGGUUAUGGUGGUGGUGGUGGUGACAGCAGAGGUAGUUAUGGAGGAGGUGAUGGUGGAUAUAAUGGAUUUGGAGGUGAUGGUGGCAACUAUGGUGGUGGUCCUGGUUACAGUAGUAGAGGAGGCUAUGGUGGUGGUGGACCAGGAUAUGGGAACCAAGGAGGUGGAUAUGGAGGUGGUGGUGGAGGAUAUGAUGGUUACAGUGAAGGAGGAAAUUUUGGAGGUAACUAUGGUGGUGGUGGGAACUAUAAUGAUUUUGGAAAUUAUAGUGGACAACAGCAAUCAAAUUAUGGACCCAUGAAGGGGGGCAGUUUUGGUGGAAGAAGCUCGGGCAGUCCCUAUGGUGGUGGUUAUGGCUCUGGUGGUGGAAGUGGUGGAUAUGGUAGCAGAAGGUUCUAAAAAAUUUUCAGAAGAAAAGGGCUACAGUUCUUAGCAGGAGAGAGAGCGAGGAGUUGUCAGGAAAGCUGCAGGUUACUUUGAGACAGUCGUCCCAAAUGCAUUAGAGGAACUGUAAAAAUCUGCCACAGAAGGAACGAUGAUCCAUAGUCAGAAAAGUUACUGCAGCUUAAACAGGAAACCCUUCUUGUUCAGGACUGUCAUAGCCACAGUUUGCAAAAAGUGCAGCUAUUGAUUAAUGCAAUGUAGUGUCAAUUAGAUGUACAUUCCUGAGGUCUUUUAUCUGUUGUAGCUUUGUCUUUUUCUUUUUCUUUUCAUUACAUCAGGUAUAUUGCCCUGUAAAUUGUGGUAGUGCUACCAGGAAUAAAAAAUUAAGGA